AUGGCCAUUCGUAUCAGACAACAUACAGGAGGCGAUGUAUGUCGUCGAACGGCGAGGGCAUGGCCAGGUACGGCUGGUGGGAGUGAUGCUGAUGCUGAUGCGGCUGGUGCUGGUGCUGGUGCUGGCCGAGCAGGUGUGGCAGAUGGCUCAGGGAGCCCAUUGAGCCCUGCGGCGGAGCAUGGGGGUNAGGCCGUGACUGUUACUGUUACUGUUACUGGUACUGUUGCUGCUGCCGCUGCCGCUGCCGCUGCUGCUGGUGCUGCUGCUGUUGUAUAUAUGGAUAUGGCUGGCGGGAUCGGAUCGCGGCGAGGGCGACGGGAGCGUGAGAGGCGCCAUGGGCGGGAAAUGGGCCACGGGAGGACGCCCGACGUCGCUGUAGGCUGCGGGCGCCUGGCUCUGCUGCUGCUCGAGAUGCCAUUCUGCGGUGGCCGGCGAGGACCUGGCGUCCGCCGGGGAGCUGCUGGCGACGACGGCCAGGCUGCUGCUGCUGCUGCUGCUGGUGUUGCUGUUGGCGUUGCUGCUGUUGGCGUUGCCGGCGGAGGGCGAGGGCGAGAGCGGCGCGAGGGCAGCGUCUGA